AUGAUUACCCUUUCCAAUAUUCAACUUGAAAGUCUUUCUGCGCUUUGUUGUGUGGCUUUAUGUGGCGUCGCUACUCACCUGGCUAUUUUUCGGAUUGGCGAGUGGGAUGUUGCCGUUCAUCGUAUCAUUGCUUCGUUCAGUCUUAUCUAUGCAUCGAUCUUUGGCCUUUUGGCUUAUUAUGGCGACUUUGAACGCCAGAGCCUUCUCAAUGCCUGGUAUAUUGCUUCUGAGCUUCUGGCAGCCUUCAUAGCCGGGCUAUAUGGCAGCAUGGUGCUUUACCGAUUCUUUUUUCACCCCUUGCGCCAAUUCCCUGGUCCAACCUUUGCUCCUCUGUCUGCUUUGUGCGCGAUAUCAAUGUCCAUGAAAAAGUUUCAUAUGUUUUUGGAAGUGCAGAAACUACACAAGACCUACGGCGAUUUCAUCAGACUUGGUCCAUCUGAGAUUUCGGUUGCAUCACCGAGCGCCGUGGCCACAAUCUACCAAAAUUCAUCUCCUUGUAAAAAGGGUCCUUGGUAUAAUGUUUUUGUGCCUACCAUAUCUCUGCAUGCAACAAGGGAUAGGCAGGAGCAUACACUCCGAAGAAAAGUAUGGGACAGAGGUCUCAGCGCUAAAGCCAUGCGAGAUUAUGAGCCAAGAAUUGAGAAAUACACAGGUUUGUUGAUGAAUCAACUGCAACAGAGGUGCGGUAGGCCGGUCGAUAUCACGGACUGGUGCGGCUUUUAUGGUUUCGACGUUAUGGGCGACCUCGCAUUUGGCAAGAGCUUCAAUAUGCUGAAUGAUGGUGUCAAGCAUUACUACAUGGAGCUGACACAGAUGUCUACUCUAUGGGGCAGCCCGAUUGGUCGCGCCUCUUGGCUGUAUCUGCUUGUAAAGGAUAUACCUAUCCUGAAUCGCCAGAUCGUACAGUUCCUAAAAUGGCUACGAAAACAUGUAGAUCAGAGGACCAAGAAUGAGCCGCACCUCCCAGAUUUGUUCUCUUGGCUCCUUGGUGCCUACAAAGAACAAUCAGUCCAUACGAAGCAAGACGAUCUCAACCUCUUAGGUGAUGCCCACCUAAUCGUGGUUGCAGGAAGCGACACUACUUCCACGACCAUGACAUGUGCCCUGUUUGAGCUGGCCCGCCAUCCCCAGGUCUAUCAGAAGUUACAGAACGAAGUUGACGAGUUCAUGAAGCAAGGGGAUUCGCCUCAUAGUCACAGUGCUCUUGCCAAACUCAAAUACCUUCAAGCUAUCAUCGAUGAGACUAUGCGGCUGUACCCAGCUAUUCCAUCAGGCCUGCAGAGAAUCACACCCCCGCAGGGUCUGCAAAUCGACGGAACAUUUAUUCCAGGAAACACGAUUAUUCAGACACCUACAUAUACACUGAACCGGGACGAACGAUGCUUUGUGCGCCCCAACGACUUCAUUCCCGAGCGGUGGACAACACAACCCGAUCUUGUCCGGGAUGCUUCAGCAUUUGCCCCUUUCUCAAUUGGCCGUUACUCCUGUGCUGGGAAGCAGCUUGGGCUUCUUGAGGUUCGGCAUGUUCUAGCUCAAAUUGCUUCCAAGUUUAAUAUCCGCCUUGCACCCAACCAAACAGUUGAGGCGUUCCAAGAAGGGCUAGCAGAUGGGUUCACACUUCUCUGCCCCAAGUUGGAAAUGGUUUUUGAAGCACGGGUCAGUUGA